AUGUCUUUUCUACGCAACCCCGCAGCUCUCUUUGCUCUAAAUCUCACUACUUUAGUAGGUGUUGUGGGAAGCACCUACAACUUAAGAUCGCAUAUGGUGGAGCUCUCGGAGGAUCAUGAAGCAAGAAUGGAUGAGUUGGAGGGUACCUUGAGAGGACAUAUUGGACUUAUCGAAGACGCUCUUGAUAGAUUAGAAGGGAAGCCAAAUGGAAACAAGAUGGAACAAUAUUAUGGGAAGAGAGCUAGGGAUGAGAAGAAAACUUAA